AUGUACAAUGGUUUUAAUGUGGAAGAUUUUGUUUCCUGUUAUACACAUAGUGCUUGUGUUGGGAAGCAGAAACGUUUUCUUAAAAUGGAAAAUCAUAGGGAACAAAGUUAAACUUACAUGCCAAGUGGAAAAAUUGUUAGAUUUUCCUGUAGAAUUCUACAACCCUGAUGAAAACAAAGUUGCAAUAUGUUUUACACCAGUUAGCAGACGCUCUAAACCAAACUGUGUCAGCACAUUUGAUGUUUGGCAAGAUAUGUCAAAUAACGAAACUGACCUCUAUGUACCGAUCAAACAAGGUAUUCAGACGAACGGAAGAUGGACCUGUCGUAAUGGAAAUGUAAAGGAAAAAGAUUAUGCUGACGUCACAACCUAUACUUCGUGGGAUAUAAAUGAAUGCGUCUAUACCCCGUGUCAACAUGGGGGAUCAUGUACUAAUGCGAAGAACGGGUAUUACUGCAAUUGCGUUGCUGGAUUUUCUGGUAUUCAGUGCGAACAAGAUAUCGACGAAUGUGCUUCUGAACCUUGUCAGAAUCAAGGAAGGUGUAUAGACGAAAUAAAUUUUACAUGUAUGUGUAGGCUUGGAUAUUUUGGAGAAAACUGUCAGUAUGAUGUUGAUGAUUGUGAGUCCCAUCCCUGUAUUAAUGGAGGAACGUGUAAGGAUGAAGUGAACGGGUUUACUUGUAUGUGCAAGACAGGUUUCAAUGCAAAGUUUUGUGAAAAAGAGGUACCAGUCCUUCAGAUAGACAAUGAACGUGAAUGCAGAUUCAACGCCGUAAAAACGAUAUCGUGUCAACUUACCGGUGAUAUGUCAUACCAACUGUCACCCUGGAUCCACAGUGUAAAUGACAAAGUCAUACGACAGGUAAACUCCAGGGUCAUUGGAAAUGUAGUAAUCGCUCAGGUAGGACCUUGCAGUUAUGAAGAUUUUGGAACAUACACUUGUACAGCAUGGAAAGAGACGAAUGGCCAUGUUACCGAGAUAAAGAAAAGCAUACUUCUGAACAUUGGAGGAAAACCAGUUUGUACAAAUAGUUUUGUAAAUGUAAAGAAUGGAUCCGCUGAGGUUACAGUACUAUUGCACAGCUUUCCAUUUAUAAGUACUAUUAAAUGGUAUAAAUCAACUGAACAAAUAAGAAAUGACCCGAAUAAAUACCAGACGACAAACCUGUCUUACGUUACACCGACCAUAUCUUAUGGUGUCCAAGUUCAAAUGGAGGGAUAUACACUACAUCUUAUCAUUUCUGGAAUUGGAAGAUAUGACUUCGACGACUAUGGAGUAAAAGUUGCAAAUGACUUAGGAGAAGUUAUGUGCAAAGUAGAAUUUCGGAUUCUAGGUUUGGAUGAACUGAAAUACCUUCCUAAUUGGUGGUUAAUACCGACCAUAUUCAACUUGUUAGUAGUUGCCAUUUUAAUGGUAUGUUUUUAUGCGUGCUAUCAUCGACGACAUAAAGGAAAAUUUGUUACCACAAAGAUCGAACACAACAUUACAAAAAGUGAAAAAAUAGAUGUUAAAAGCUGCCAAAAUAGUUUUGAAACUGUUACCGAAAACAGCUAUGAAAAUGUUAACGAAAUUGAAAGUAUUAGCAAACAAACACUAUCAGAAGGAAAUAGGGACAGUGACUAUGAACAGAUUGACACAAGGGACUAUGAACAAGUGGAAAUACUUUCUGAAACAAAAGACACGAAUAACGUUCCAAUAUAUCUUGACCUCCAGGAAAAUGACAUAAACCAAGAUACGGAGGAUGUUAAACUGUCCAUGAGAGGGAUAAAUCAACCGAGCGACACAACGACAAAUGCCAAUGCAACAGAGAACGUUUCCACUGAUGAUGUUAAGGCGUGGUCAGCAUCACACGAUAAAACGAAUCCAGAUGGAAAGGAUGAAGUAUGUUCAACAGACUUUGACUUAAAAAAAGAAAGAUCAAUGACAUUUUAGAAUAUAACUUUUACAAUAGCAAGCCAAAAUCAAAUUAACAUCGCCGCGAUAUAGCCUUUUUGUGCUAAUGCGGCGUAAAGUAACCAACAAUCAAUCAAUCGAUCAAAUGAACAUAAACAUAUUCUAUGAAAGAUGUGAAAGGACUCCAUGACCGAUAGAUAACAGAAACCUUUAAGUGAAUAAAGUCAUAUUUAGUACGCAAGUAAACAAAUGAGAUACAUUUAAAUAGACAACAAUUGGAAUUAAUGCAACAUUGUUUAUAAUUUAUAUGCAAUUGGAUGUUCAUCAACUUUUUUUUUAUCAUUUUCAUAUUUACCCUUCAAUUGUUCGGAAUGCUUUGCAGUUACGCCAAGUAACGAUAUAUAAACGACACUAUAAUAAACUAUUUACUUACUUACUUACUUACUAUAAUCAAAUUUGAUCUGCGAUGAAAUGAAAAUUUUUGGUGAUGAUGCUUAAUUUUAAAUGGGCUUACAAGUAGUUGAUUACAUGUUACCUUGAUGAUGUGUCUUGAUCUAAUUGUGUCCACUAUAUAUGAUAUACUGUACCCCAACGUGUAACUGUUAAACCCUUAUAAACAGAAGUCUAAGCAAAGUCUAAUCGUACAAUUGCAAAUGCAAAAGCCCCUAACGUGGACUUCCUAUUCAGGCCAAUUUUAGGCUGGGAAAUUACUGGCAAAGAUGUACAAAGCAUAAACACAUGAAGAGAUAUGAGGUAUUACAUAGGAAUAAAAGAUUGAUCCACACGAAACUGACCAAAAAUCAGCGGUUCAUACUCCAUUAGUGACACCCGUCGUGUUACUCUUGCUUGUUCAAAUACAUUGAUCCGUCAUAUUUAGUGAUAAAUGUCUAAUUUCUAGUCCUUAGACAUCACCUUGUACAAAACAAUCGGUACUCAUAAAUUCUCUAUCUAAAACACUGCGACAAAAUGGCAUCCCUUAUGUUCUACCAAAAAGUUUUAAAGUAACGAUUUUAAUAAUACAAAAGAUGACAUCUAUUCGGAGGUUUUAUGUACGCCAUCAUGAUAAGGUUCACUAUUAUGAAUACAUGCUUAGUUUAAACAUAUUUCAUUUGCUAAUAAAAAAGGAUCAGAUACAAGUUAAAACAUAUUU